AUGUCGGGUGGAGCAGGUUCGGAUUGUCCAUCUUCAAGUACGAAUAAUUUGUGUUCGAAGAUUGAGAGAACAUCGAACGCGAGUGAUUUGACUCGUAUCAGGCACGCUCGUCGUCCAAGAGCGCGUUAUGAAGAAAAUGAGCGAACUAGGCUUCCAACUUCAAAACCAUUUUCUCUAGCGUCUCUUCAGAUAGAGAUUUUGUCUGAUGUCGUGUCUGAUCAAAAAUUGAUCUCUAUUAUGGAAGGAAAAGUACCACGUGCGGAAGUCAGUUAUGACGAUUUACUCAGGAAAGCUGUUUCACUUGUGCAUGAAAAAAAUGCAAAAAAUGAUGAAAUUGCAAGUCUUCGCUCACGAAAUGAAUCGCUUUUGCAGCUUAAUCAAACGAUUCGUGAAAAAAGUGUUAGGCUGCAUGCUAAAGCUGAACAAGAAGAAGAAUUUAUAUCAAAUAUGUUACUAAAACGCAUCCAAAAGCUUAAGAAUGAUAAGGAAGCACUGGCACUUAAAUAUGAGCAGGAAGAAGAAUUUCUGACCAACGAUCUUUCUCGAAAACUUUCUCAGUUGCAAAAUGAACGCGAUGAAUUGGCUGGACAAAUUGAAGCUGAACAAAGUUGGGUAGUCGAUACUCUUCUUGUGAAAAUACGAAAACUUGAAGCUGAAAUAAGUGCCAACCAUACUGCUUUGGAACAGUUACGUCGAGAAAAAGUUGAUUUGGAAAAUGCUCUUGAACAUGAACAAGAAUCACUUUUCAAUACUCUCGGAAAGCGGAUGGAUCAAUUAGAAGCAGAAAAAAGAAGAAUGCAAGCACGUCUCGAACAAUCAAGCCUUUCAGAAGAUCAUAGUUCAUAUUCAAGUGGAAAUGAUAAUUCAAUUGCUCAUGAUGAGUAUUUCAGUGAUGGUACUGAACGGCGUUCAACACGCGCUGAAACAGAAGCCCGUAAAUUGCGUGAAGAAUGUACUCGUCAGCGAAGUGUCAUCGCAAAUCUUAAAGCAACUAUUGGCAAUUUGCAAAAACAAUUAACAGACCAAGAGACAAAAUUUGUUGGCGAAUUGCUGUCAAUUCGAGGAAAAUCGGCGGAAAUGCGUGCAGAUAAUCGACGUGCAUGUUCAGCAUUAGAAGCAGAUUUAACACGGAGCCUUGAAUCGUGCCGGGCAUUGGUGGCAUCUGAAACGGUAAGGAAUACCGAAGAAGAUAAGCAUAUGACUGCGCUUAUUAAUCGAAUGUCAGUACCUAAGAGCAUAACACCAACUCCUACUUCAGCUGCAGUUAGCCCAAGUAUGUCAUCAAAUGUUGAAAUAGAAUCAACCGGAUGGUCGGAAGAAAGACCCAUAUCUGCUCGAUCGGAUUUACAAGUUGAUAAAAUGGAAGAAGGUUCUGAUGCUGCAGACACUGAUAUGGAUGCCCAAAUGGAUUCCAGUUAUUUUAGUGAAAAUCUCCAAAUUGGGAGCGAACGUUCUGUCGAAGGUAGUAUAAAAAACAGCGGCGCAUAUCAAAGCCCAUUUUCUUCCUUAUCAAAUGAAGAUUCGAAUGAAUCCACAGAAUACGCUAUGCCUGGUGCUGGUCAGUUUGCGCGACCUGCAUUGCCUCAUACUCGUUCUCCUAUUUCUAGAAAGGAAUUCUGA